AGUAAGCCAGUCUGAGAUGCGCAAGUAAUGAUCCACGAACCUGACUCUCUAAUUGAUUUAUUGUCCAACGACGCGCAUUCCACCCAUUCAUGCCUCUACGAUCCUAUGCUCUCAAGCAAUAAUCCACCCACAUCGAGGCACACGCACACACACCUUAAACGCACGACAAACGCACAGGCAUAAGCACGUACAGAGACCUCAUACAUAAACACCCUACCUGCUGCAUUCACGCAUACAAUAGUCUGUAGAUAGAUACCUACAAGCACCUACUACCACCGACUUUUCCAUCUGCUUUUCUCAUACCUCAUACUCCGUA